CGCUGGUCAACAACAGCUGCUUCAGCAGAAACCAGAAGGCGUCGAAGUUGGCGACGCGACGAGCGCGUCCACGAACUAUGUGAGGUGUAAGUGUGUGCGUGCUGUGCGCUGCGUGCCCAUGGUCCUGCUUUGAGGAGUGCCGCGGUCUGCGAAGAAGGCUUCUUUUCCUGCCAUCCCCCUGCCUCCACAGGAGGACCAUGGCAAUGUGGAUCCAGGCCCAGCAGCUGCAGGGUGAUGCUUUGCAUCAGAUGCAGGCGCUGUAUGGCCAGCACUUCCCCAUCGAGGUGCGACACUACCUGGCCCAAUGGAUUGAAAGCCAGCUCUGGGAUUCAGUGGAGUUGGACAACCCAGCAGAGGAAGCCAAAGCCAAGUGUCUGCUGGACAACUUGGUGGCCGAGCUUCAGAGGAAAGCCCAGCUUCAGGGAGGAGAGGACGGCUUUCUGCUCAAGAUCAAGCUGGGCCACUAUGCCAACCAGCUCAAGAGCACUUAUGAUCGCUGUCCUUUGGAGCUGGUGCGCUGCAUUAAACACAUCCUGCACUCAGAACAGAGGCUGGUUCAAGAAGCUACAAAUGCCAGCUGUGAGACUGGUGGCCAGACUAUGGACAGCUUGUCACAGCGCCACCAACAGAUCAACCAGGCCUUUGAGGAACUCCGCUUGGCAACACAGGAGACAGAGAAUGAAAUGAGAAAGCUGCAGCACAGCCAGGAGUACUUCAUCAUUCAGUACCAGGAGAACCUGCGCAUCCAGGCCCAGCUGAGCAGCCUGUCUUCACUGACUCCAGCCGAGCGCACCCAGCGGGAGACCACUCUUCAGAGCAAGAGGGCCACUGUGGAGGCCUGGCUUACGAGAGAGGCUAGCACUCUACAGAAAUACAGGCUUGACCUGUCAGAACAACACCAGAAGACCCUGAGCCUGUUGAGGAAGCAGCAGACUCUAAUCCUCGAUGAGGAGCUGAUCCAGUGGAAGAGGAGGCAGCAGCUGGCUGGCAAUGGGGGUCCUCAUGAGGGGGGACUGGAUGUCCUCCAGUCCUGGUGUGAGAAGCUAGCUGACCUGAUCUGGCAGAACCGGCAGCAGAUCCGGCGCUGUGAACAUCUAACCCAGCAGCUUCCCUUGCCGGGCCCGAUGGAGGAGCUGCUGAGCAAACUCAAUGGUGACAUCACUGAUAUCAUCUCUGCCCUGGUUACCAGCACCUUCAUCAUUGAAAAGCAGCCACCCCAAGUGUUAAAGACCCAGACCAAGUUUGCGGCCACUGUGCGCCUUCUGGUGGGCGGAAAACUCAAUGUUCACAUGAACCCACCACAGGUCAAGACUGUCAUUGUUAGUGAGCAGCAGGCCAAAGCUCUGCUAAAGAAUGAGAGCACACACAGUGAGAGCAGUGGAGAAAUCCUCAACAACAACUGUGUGAUGGAGUAUCACCAGGCCACUGGCACCCUCAGUGCACACUUCAGAAACAUGUCACUGAAGCGAAUCAAGCGUUCUGACCGUCGGGGUGCUGAGUCAGUGACUGAGGAGAAGUUCACAGUUCUGUUUGAAUCACAGUUCAGUGUCGGGGGAAAUGAGCUGGUCUUCCAUGUCAAAACCUUAUCACUGCCUGUGGUUGUGAUCGUCCACGGCAGUCAGGACAACAACGCCACAGCAACAGUCCUGUGGGACAAUGCCUUUGCUGAACCGGGCAGGGUCCCGUUCAUUGUGCCAGACAAGGUGCUGUGGCCCCAGCUGUGCGAGGCCCUCGAUAUGAAGUACAAGGCGGAGAUGCACAGUGGGCGUGGCUUGUCAGAGGAUAACCUGGUCUUCUUGGCACAAAAGGCUUUUACAAGCAGCAGCAACAACCCUGAGGACUACAACAACAUGACCAUUUCCUGGUCCCAGUUCAACCGGGAGAGCUUACCAGGACGCAACUUCACCUUCUGGCAGUGGUUUGAUGGAGUUGUGGAGCUCAUGAAGAAACAUCUCAAGCCUCACUGGAAUGAUGGGGCAAUCCUCGGCUUUGUAAACAAGCAGCAGGCACAGGACAUGUUGCUGUCCAAACCCAACGGCACCUUCCUGCUGCGAUUCAGUGACUCUGAGAUAGGAGGCAUCACCAUCGCCUGGGUGGCUGAGAAUCCCAACAAACCAGGGGAGAGGUUGGUCUGGAAUCUGUUACCUUAUACAACCAAGGACUUCUCCAUUCGCUCCCUGGCUGAUCGCAUCAGUGACCUCAACCACCUUCUGUUCCUCUACCCUGACCGGCCCAAAGAUGAGGUUUUUGCCAAGUACUACACCCCUCCACUGUCAAAAGCAGUGGAUGGAUACGUAAAACCGCAGAUCAAACAAGUUGUGCCAGAAUUUACCACCCCUAACCCUGAGCCCAGUGGAUCAGCACCUACAUUCAUGGACCAGACUGCUUCUCCCUCUGUGAGCCACCCCAACAACUUUUACCCUCCGAUGACUGACACCAUUUUGGACACAGAUGGAGACUUUGACCUGGAGGACACGAUGGACGUGGCCCGUCAUGUGGAGGAGCUGCUCCGCAGGCCGAUGGCCAACCAGUGGAGCAGCCAGCAGUCCUGAGCCUGCUGCACUCCUCCAGGUCUUCUCCAUCUUAUCCCCACCUGUAAUUCUCUCUGAACUGCAACCAGGGCAAGAGGUGUCCUGUUUUCAACAGUCAUACUGACAGAUCCACGAUACAAUUCACCAUUGAUUGAAUGUUUUUAGCUGCCCACAGAAUAAGAGAACAGGUCUGCUGAUGAGUAUCGUCUCUGUAGAGCUAGUAAACCUGCUUUCAAGAGUCAGAGCUACUCCCACCUAUCAUAGUAUCUCAGGACGGUCAUGUGGAGCUGGUUUGGGUCAAUGGGGGUUUAAAUAAAUUGAGACAUAGAGUUUUUAUGUGAGCUUUGCAUUCAAAUGUGCCUGAUGAGCGUUUAGCCAGCACCAAGAGACACUUGCAUAAUAUGUCAGAGUAGACAAGUGAGGCUGUGUAACUUUUGUUGAACAUCAGCCACUGUGAAUACCAGUUGUAUUGACAGGAUAAUGGGAUGCUGCAUAUUCCUUCCUUUCCAAAGUUUGCCUUAAAGGUGUCCUCAUGAGGUAGGAAAAGAAACAGAAACUCCCCAAUAUGUCUCCGGGGUAGGUGCAUGAGAGCUGCUGCGGUGUCCUUGGCUCAAGACCGGUUUAAUGCUGUGCUGCUGGAAACAAAAAGAAGCGGCGUCCUAAACCGCAAAACAGUCUCCUGGGAAGCUGAAGCUCUGUGAACAUAAGGUUUGACAUAAACUUGCUCCACGCCUGCUUGAACUGAUGGAACAGGCGUGUCUGUAGAAAGUGUGUUCUUCUGGUUCUCACACUCAUUCAAUCACCUGGCACCAACAGAAGGGUCUGGGUGUAUGUCAGUCAAAGUAAAUGUCAUUGGGGGGGGGCGCACACACCCGCGGAAGAGAGGUUUACAGGGUUUUAUUUUGAGAUUGGCCUCAAAUAUAAAGACAUUCAAUUAGUGACUGGCGGUUUUAACAUACGUGAGAGAGUUCUGAAGAGCCUACUUCGCUCAAGGGGACACACUCGUCGCAAAGUGUGUUCACCUGGCAGUCGUGGUUGAUCAAGCAAUGGUACAACCUUUGUCCCCCCCCCCCCCCCCCCCCCCCCCGUCCAUUUCAGUGAUGUUUCCGAAGUCUGUCCUCAGCAGUUAAGUGACAUGACCUGAGUCUCAAUAAUCCUAAUUGACAAAGCAAUCGGUUUCAAUGCAGCAACUCCUCAUUUAGCUGAACCAGUUCAAAACCUCAGCUGAGUUAGUCAGAAGUGACACAGCGACAGCCUCUGUGUGUUUACUCUAAGUUCUGUAACAUAGUUACUAGCAGUUCAAGCCAUAAAAAGUCAUAAAGACAGCAAACUGACUAAAGUCAGGUACAGGGCAAUAUUUACCUUUGCUCUGCUAACAUUAGCUACUACAGUAUAAGCUUCUGGUCUUACUAGACCAAGUAUGACUGUAGCAGCAAAACCCCAACUAGUACUGAACUAGACAAAGUGUUGUUUUUUUUCAUGAAUUCAGUUGUUUGCUUUUUUUUGUCAGAUAAUUUGUAUUAUUUCUUUUUAAAAUAUUACAUAGUCCAACUCCAAGUACUGAGAAUGUCAUUUUAAAUCUGUAACUGUGGUGGUGGUGCUUUUUGUAUAAUAUGUGUAAUGAAUUGCCCUUGUUAAAGCCACUCUCUGGUGUUCUUUUAGCACACUGCUUUAAAUGCUAUAGAUGCUUUGGUCUCACAAAGUCAAUAACUCAAAUAGUAAAAUAAUUAUUGCCAUCACUUACCAAUGGGUCAGGUCAUGCAUCUGUGCUUCAGUUUACUCACAACAGAUGUUGAAGUCUGUAAUUAGCAAAUGCUUCGUACCCUGGUGAAAGUUUGUCCAAUAUUUUGAUUCUGAAAACAUGGAAGGGAUGCCAGUCCACAGUUAGUAGGAAUCUAUAUUCUCACCAAGCACGUACAAAGUAAUGUUAAAGGAGUAUUCCGGAAAAUUUGUAAUUCACUUUUAAAAGUUGGGUUGACUAAAAUCAGGCUUAAGAAAUCUGUCUCCUAUAUUUGCCAUAAUGCAGCUUGUUAGCAAAAUGGUAACCCAGGUCUUGCAGACUCCACAUCUCCAGUCAUUAAGGCAGAGAGUUAAUUUCUCAGACUUGAGUGUCUCCAGAUUCAUAGAAGACUUAUAUUUGUCCUCACAGGCUGCAUAGAGUAAAAUAAAAUUGUGAAAUGCAUGCAUACAGAUCAUAACACAAAGAGAUGAGUAAACUAUUUUAAUUUCCACACAUAAGCAUAACAAAUGUACGGGGAUGAUGUGCUUUUUUGUCAUUUUUUAUUUAUACUUCCAUAUUAGCAGGUAUUAAUAACCCCAAGAGAUUCUUUAUCUGUAAUCGAUCAGAAAAAUAUAACACGCAAACACCUGUCCUCUCCUUUUUACUGCACAUGAAGUGACCAUCUGCCAAUCACAGCAAAGUCGAAAUUAGACGCUGCAAGUGCAUAUGAGUAUUUAGACAUCAUUUGUGUGUAUCUGAAGGUCAGUGGAUUUUUUUAAUAUAUAUAACAAAAACAACUGUGCGGUGGCUAAAAUGCUGUGACAGCACAAAGGAUACAAUAGAAUUUUUACUUUUUUACUAUUUUUCUGUUGCACUUCAUUUGGCUUGUCUGACUGGAAUUAUUAAUCCCCCUCUUUUCCAUAUUCCAGAAGUUCAAAAUGUAGUGUUCAUUUUUACAUUUAACAAUCCCGUUAUUCAUCUCUUCAUUCACUAAAAUAAGAAUGUCAUGUUUUAAAAUGGAGGAUAUGCUCUCAUUGUACACCACAAGCUUUUCAUCAUGAUUUAAAAGAAUUACUUGAAGUGACCAUUGUGUUGUGUUGACAUUUAACCUAAAUCUUAACUUUCGCUCAUGUUCAACACUUUAUUUUGAAAGGAACUCCAGCAACUAUAUCCAACAUCUACUGUUGCUUUCCAAUUCCAUUGAGAAAUGCUCUGCAUCGCUUCACACAGUCUUGCUUGAAAAGGGACUCAAACUAUAAAUUAAUUAUCAGAUUAGUUGAUUUGCUGCCGCUCUGAUCAUUAGUGCAACAUUGCUUAUGAAAGCAGUGUACAAGUAUACCACCAACCUCGGCUGGAUUCUGUCAAAUGUGCAGUUUCAUGAUGACUGCAUAUAAAUAUUUUUCUAGCUUCUCCAUUAUCAUGAAAUAACCUUCAGUCAUUGUGUCUGUCUGUACCUUUUGGGAUGUUGUAGGGACAGUACUGUCCAUCCAUACAGGACAUUUUCAAGCCAAUCUCUUUAACGCCGCAUCAGUCUCAACCAAGGAAUGUUGAAUCUCUUUUAGAGAAAACACAACUCACCCACAAUGAAGUUAAAACAGUAAACCUCAGGAAACGUCACUGUGAAAUAAAGGUUCAGAUCAGCCAAAUAAUACAUGGUGAUUUGAGUGUGUAUGGUAUACUUGGUAACUGCUGCCUUUGCCUCUCAUGCUUAUGUUGAAUAAAAGCUAAAACACAAACUCUGAUUGUGUGCUAAAUCUAAAGAAAGUGAUCAAGCACUUUGUCGCUCACACCAGCAGUUACAAUGUUAUGCAAAUGCAGUACCUGGGUUUGACCUUGAAUCAACUUAAUGUAUGUAUGUCAUCAGCGCUGUACUGUCUGUGGCCACUUUCUUAUGUACUGCCACAUUGUGCCAUAUCUUGCUGGAAGUUUGAUGUCUGAAUUGGACAUGGAAAUAAAAGUUGUUUUUUUAUUUUUAUUAACUGAA